AUGAUUAAGAACGGGAGCACUCUUGUUCGCUUCUACUUGGACGUCGACAGUAUUACCCACUCCAUUGCCAAAUACAGCUAUAAACCAACGACACUUCAAGUAGCCAUGAAAACCAGCAUCCUGUCUCUCCUCGCCUUGCAGGCCCUUACCGUGUUCUCCGCCCCGGUGCAGGACCUUACAAAGGAUUCAAUUGUCAUCAAAGCUGCAUCAUACUACAAGCGCAGCGAGGCGCACGACCUCGCCAAGAACUCCAUUGUCAUCAAAGCAGCCGCCAACUACAAGCGCGACGAGGUGAAGGACUUGGCCAAGGACUCGAUUGUCAUUAAAGCAGCGGCCAAUUACUGA